AUGUCUCUGUCUAGAAUCGUUCUCGCAAGCGCGCUGUGCAGCGUCGCGCAAGCAGCACAGCCUGGCGCGGUGCAGCCCGUCGCUGCCCCCAUGCGCGACCUAACUUGGGGCAAGCUCAACUUCCUUCACACGACCGACACGCACGGCUGGCUCGGCGGUCAUCUCCAAGAACCACAGUACUCUGCUGAUUGGGGCGACUAUGUCUCUUUUGCGGAGCACAUGCGUCGACAGGCCGACGACAAGGGCGUUGACCUUUUACUCGUGGAUACAGGUGACCGCGUCGAGGGCAACGGCCUGUACGACGCCUCCAGCCCGCAGGGCCUCUUUACGUACGACAUAGUUCGCGAGCAGUCGGUCGAUCUGUUGUGUACCGGUAACCACGAGCUCUACCAGGCACCGACGGCCGACCGCGAGCACGCCAUCACCGUGCCCAACUUCAAGCACAACUACAUUGCCUCCAACCUCGACUACUUGGACGACAAGACAGGGACACAGGUGCCGCAGGCUCAGCGCUACCGCAAGUUCACAACGAAAAAUCAGGGCCUCAACAUUAUCGCGUUCGGCUUCAUCUUUGACUUUACCAUGAACGCCAACAAUACCGUAGUCCAGCCGGUCGAGGAUACGGUCAAGGAGGCCUGGUUCCAGAAGGUCCUCAGCGAAGAGAAGCCGGAUGCUUUUGUCGUCAUCGGUCAUGUUGGCCUGCGCAUGCCUGAGUUCAAGGCCAUUCUCAAGGCCAUUCGUGCACAGAGCUGGUUCACACCCAUUCUCUUCUUUGGUGGGCAUGCCCACGUUCGUGAUGCCCUUCGCUUUGAUGCAAACUCGUAUGCCUUGGCCAGUGGGCGCUACAUGGAAACCAUCGGCUGGGCCUCAGUCGACGAGAUCAAGAAGAGGGAUAAGGCGGCAGACGACACAGUCUCAACCGCCGCUUCUGUCAAGUACUCGCGCAGCUACAUCGACAACAAUCUCUACGGCUUGCACCACCACACAGGCCUCAACUCGACGACUUUCCCGACCAAGCGCGGCAAGCACGUCAGCAGCAUGAUCGAUCGUGCGCGCACGAGCCUCAAGCUCGAUCACCAGUUUGGCUGCGCGCCGCGCGACCUGUGGAUGAGCAGGGCUGAAUACCCGAGCAACAGCAGUCUCUACACAUGGCUCGAGACGGAGGUGCUGCCAGACGUGAUCAAGAAGCCGCACGACGACAAGCCGCGUCUUGCCAUCAUCAACACGGGCACCAUGCGAUUCGACAUCUUCGAGGGCCCCUUCACACAGGACAGCACUUAUAUCGUGUCGCCGUUCAUCAGCAAGUUCCGCCUCGUCCGGAAUGUGCCCUACGCCGUCGCCCGCAAGGUCAUCACCCUCCUCAACACGGGCGACCACAUCUUCGAGGCCGACCUCGACACGCGCUUGCUGAACCUGCCCGAGGCCAUGGCUGCUAAGGACCUCUCCGUCGACAACGACGCGCCAUUCUCACCCCAGUCUGACUUGCGAGGCAGCGACGGUCAGCAGCAGCCGUUGAGCGACCGUCCAGCCCUCAUUGGCGGUUACACCACGAAGGACGGCCUCGGUUCCGACGGCGACGACACGGAGCACACGCCCCUCAAAUUCUACGCGCAGCCCAACUGCGUGCAGGCCGAGGUCGGCUUCCCCGCGGACGCUAGCGAACCCGAGACGGUCGACGUUGUCUUCCUCGACUUCAUCCAGCAGUGGGUCAUCAUGGCGCUCAAGUUCAGCGGCGGCGAGUACAGCGACCGCGACGUGGACAAGUGGGACGACGAGACGCUGACGUUCAAGAUGGCCAAGUGGAUCGGCGAGAACUGGAAGGGAGAGUGUUGA